AAUACGAGUGAGCGCGCGAGGACGUCGUGAAGCUGGCUGGUGAUCUGUUUUGUAAAGAGAUUUGCUCCCAAAUAGAAUGACCUUCCAACCAACAAGCCUCCCAUGGCGACUUUAUUCAUUCUGGCAGCUGGACUGGCCAGACUGGAGAGAAUGGCCACGACAAAGGACACACCAUCCAGCGUUGAACAACGAAGGCGUACAUCUUGGCGUAAGCGCUUGCAACAGGGGUUGCAAAGUCACCCCUUUUCGCGAAAAACAGCGAAAACUGGUUCAUUUUUCGCGAGAACAUCAGGCCCCUGGCCACUUCACCGCCUUUCGUUAUCGGGCGGUAACGGUUUCUGCCAAUUACGAUACGCAGACCUUCCCUUGCAAGGGUUUUUUAUCAAACCUUCCCUUGUAAGGGUUUUUUAUCAACGUGCUUUGGAGUGACGAGUAAAGAACGUAGUUGCCCCGCCAAAUUUAUUUCACUCUUCUACAUCUAUUUCACUUUUCUACACAUAUUUUACCAGG